AGUUCAUAUGAUGGCCCUUCUGGAGCAGCAGCUGGUCCAGCAGCUCAACAUUUGAAGAAGCCUAAGGUGCUUUUCUCUCAUUCUGCAAGGCCUCACGCGUCUAAGGGCUGUCACAAGGGCUUCAAGAUGAGCUACAGGCGGCUGGGCGACAUUGGGCUCAGCUCGAGCAUCUCCGAUCUCGCCAGGAAGGGGGACAAUGGGGCGCUCGAGCGAAAAUUGCAGGGGGGGGCAAAUAUAAACCUCCCCAGCAGGCGGAGUUCUCUGAAGAGGACUCCUCUGCACGUGGCCGUCAAAUCAAAGCACUGCGCUACGGUGGAAUUCCUGCUGCAGAAGGGGGCAGCUAUUGAUGCAAUUGACGACGCGGGGGAUACGCCUCUCCACUACGCGGCUGGGAUGGGCCUGAGGGACAUUGCAGAGGUGCUCCUGGCCCAGGGCGCUGACCACACCAUAAGGAACAAGAGUGGGUGCUUGCCUGUGCAUUUGGCCAAUGGGGGCCGCCACACCGAGAUCCAGGAGAUGCUGCGGGACAGGGCCCUUAGCUGUACCAUCGACUUCAAAUACAAGGAGGGGCAAGAGUGGCUGCCCUUCGACGAGACUGCGGCUCGCACGUGCGGCUUCGAGCUGGGUGAGGGCGCCAACUUCACUGUUGCCGCAACGAGCAGCGGGCUCACGUUUGUGGUGGACUUUGUCCAAAUGAUCCAGAUCAAUGCGACCAGCUGGAUGGCGCGCUCCAUCUGCUGGAAGGUGCAGCCGGCGGGGCAGUGGCGCAUGCCCGCGCAGCCGUUCCAGGCGCUCAUCAUCGACCCCCAAAAGAUGGCGCCAUAUGCCUGGGUCCUCCAGAGCCGCGGCUUCUCCGUCCCGGUUGCUCUGGACGCCCCCUCCGGGCCCGAGCGCACUCCCCCCAUCCCCUCGCGGCGCACUUCCGGCCCGUCAGCCCCGGUGGAGCUUCCUCUAGUGGUAGAGCAACUGGAGCAGAUUCCCGGGCACUUCCAGGUGCUGGAAGGAGAAGACCCCGAGUGCCAGACGGUCAUUCGGGACUUCCUACUGGGCAUGGAGCGGCAGGGGCCCGGCGCGGGGCGCGACGUCGCCAUCACGUGCGUGCAUAAGAUUAUGCACGAGAACGAGAGGGAGCAAACGUACGAGGAAAAAAAGGUGGAGCGCGCGCUGGUGCGCGGGAGCGCCAACGAGGUGCGCGCGUGGCACGGGACCAAGCUGGAGAACAUCGGGGGCAUCGUCACGGGCGGCUUCACGCUCAACCCCUGGACGCGGAACGGCAACUUGUACGGCCACGGGGUGUACUUUGCACCGCUGCGGCGAGCAUACACCGCCACCGAAUUCGCCACGGAAGAUGCGCAAGGCGACCGGCACGUGCUGUUGUGUAAAGUGAUUCUGGGAACUUCCGAAGUGGUGCCGUUUGAGAGCCAACAAUCGCGGCCAAGUAGCGCACUGUAUGAUACAGGGACAGAUAACAGGGCGGAUCCGACGAGGUUCGUUGUGUGGCUAGAAAAUCUGGAUUCGUAUAUUUUGCCGACACACGUACUGAGCUUCAAGUUGGUAUAGGAGGAACAAGGUCGAACUGGUGUUGCGAGGAUGGUAAGGUAAAGAUGACAAAUAUUUGAUAGGAUCCUGAGUGUAGUCAUUGAACGCUGAUAGAAAGACUUAAAAAUCUUCCAUCAGGGGCGAAGUCCGGAAGGUGCCAUAGGUGGACCAGUUCGGAACAACAGUGGAUAUAAGCCACCCGUCCUUAUGCUUAGCGGCCCAAAGCCUACCGUCAUUAUGAUGCAAUCGCUUCAUGUAUGGACGAUCCGGCGA